AUGAAAAUAUUCAUCCACAAUGUAAACACAUACACAGGGAGCUGCCUGUGUGAAACAUUGAAUCAGGUAAAAAAUGAAAGCAUAGAAAUUUACGGGACGGUGGUAGAGGAAAGUAAAACAAAGAAUAAACUCAAAUACAAGUAUGAAAAUGUACAAAGAAUUGUGUCUAAAACACCGAAAGAUAAUAUUGUUAAACAUAUACUAAGAUGCGAUUUAGUCAUCUUCGAUUUGCACAACACAGAUAUUGAGGAAAUUGAAUAUGUGAUAAGAAAAAUAAAAUAUGAGAAGUUGAAGAGAGAUAUUACAUUUGUUCUUAUCUCUUCAGUCAUGACAUGGAAUAAGACAAAACGGAAAUUCGUGAAACAGAAGGAGGUUAUUCAUAAUGGUACAAUAUCUGCAUUGUCUAACGGUUUCAUAGAUACAGAUAAAGGUACAAAAGAAAAUGGAGGAGAGAUAAAUACAACACAACAAUCUUCUAAUUUUAACAUGAAUAAGAAUCAUAAUGUUUCUGAUCCAGAUAGAAGUAAAAUAAAAGAACAUUUUGUCAAUAAGGAGAAGAUCCAAACGGAAGGAUCAUCUAUGAAUGUUCGAGACGAACAGAGGAAGGAAGAAAAAAAAAUGAAAUAUAUUCAAAUGCCAGAAAUUUUUACAGAAAAAGAUUAUAUGAAAAGAAUCCCCUCUACUCAAUAUGAAGAAUACAAAAGUGUCGAAACAUUAGUAUUAUCUCUGAAUUCAAAAAAAAAAUUAAAUGCAUAUGUAGUUGCGUCGGGAAUUCUUUAUGGGAAUGGUGAAAAUGUCUUCUUCCCAAUUUUCAGAAAUGCAUGGUUAAGCUUAGAUAAUCAUAUAAUUGACAAAGGAAAUAACUUCAUUCCAAUUAUACAUGUUAGAGGUUUAUGUCAAUUUGUGAAAGAAAUCUAUAUAAAACAACCUCUCAACAAGUAUAUCAUAGCUGUAGAUAGGGAACACAUAACACAAAAGACACUUAUUAAAACUGUUAGCACAUUCAUGUCAGGAAAUUCAACUCUUUUGAGUGUUUCAGCACAUGAUUCUAUAUAUUUUAAUCACGCAGAGGUAUUAUGUGUCAAUUUACGUUUUUCUUGCUCGGAGUUGGGUGGCAGCAAAGCAGAGGAAGAUGAAGCAGAAGUAGAUGAAGCAGAAGUAGAUGGAGAAGAGGAAGACAGAGCAGAGGAAGACGAAGCAGAAGUAGACGAAGCAGAUGAGGACGAAGCAGAUGAGGACGAAGCAGAUGAGGAAGAAGCAGAUGAGGACGAAGCAGAUGAGGACGAAGCAGAUGAGGACAAAGCAGAGGAAGAUGAAGCAGAGGAAGAUGAAGCAGAGGAAGACGGAGUAGAGGAGGACGAUGAUGCAUCAAACAAAUCGGACACGUCUGAUAGAGAGAAAGUGCGAAGCAACAGGGCCAACAACAAAAAAAAAUCUACAAGGAAAAGCACCAAAGGGGAGAGAAAAGGAAAAAAGGAGUUUUUCAAAUUCCAUUGCUGUGAUGGGUUCACGAAAAAUAUUUCCAUUUUGGCCAAAGAAUUCUGCAAAUACAGAAAUUUGAAACAGCUGAAGAUUCUAAUAUUAGGACAACCAGGGGUGGGAAAAACAUUCAUAGCAAAAAAAAUAUGUGAAUACUACAAUUUGAAUAUGUGCUCCAUCAGUUCUCUAAUAGAGGAAUGCAAAAGGAACAAUUACGAUUUUCCGCAGUAUUACAAGCAAUAUUUAAAAGACUUAAGCGAUGAAAAGCAAAAAAACAAAAACAAGGACAAAAACAAGGACAUAAACAAGGACAAAAACAAGGACAUAAACAAGGACAAAAACAAGGACAUAAACAAGGACAAAAACAAGAAUAAAAAAAACACAAAUGAGAUCAACAAUAAGUUGGCUCUUCCAGACCUUGCAUCCAUUUUUUAUGAAAAAUUAAAAAGCAACGAAUGCAAAUUUAGAGGGUUCGUGCUGGAUUUCUUCCCCAGAAAUUAUGAUGAAGCGGAAUUUUUCUUCGAUCAGUGUGGAACCAACCAGGGAGUGUUUCUAGAUGAUGGAAAAGUUAAUGCAAAACGGUUAGAGGACGAUCCCUCAAGUGGUGCUGACGCGAACCAGAUGGGAAAGCAGCUUCAUAUGGAUACCUCAGAAGAGGAAGGAGAAGAAGACAAUGGCGAGGGAGAAGAAGACAAUGACGAGGGUGAGGAAGAUGAUGACAAGGGAGAGGAAGACGAUGAGAAGAUAGAGGAAGACGAUGAGAAGAGAGAGGAAGAUGACGACGAAGAAGAAGAAAAAAAUAAGCAACCCGAAACGUCUAGUGAUAGCCCCGACUCCGAUAUCACCAAAAGAGGAAGGAAAAAAACGAAGAAGGAAAGAAAUGCAACUGGAUCAACAAAAAUUGGGGGUAAACAGGAAAAAAGAGAGAAAGGGAAUAAUAAUUUAAUUUUUUUUCCCGAAUUUGUCAUUGUUUUAAAAUCGUCAGUAGAGCUAUGCAGAAGCAGGAUGAUGAACCUACCAGAUGAAGAAGUCAUCAAGGGACACAACGACGAAAGUGGUUUCGAAAGGAGAAACAAAAAAUACAUGAAAGAAAAUUGCAGAAAUGAUUGUCUCGAAUUUGACCAGAAAAAAUCGAUAGAAGAUUAUUUUUUAGAAAGAAAUGUAGAAGUAUUCAGUGUUCAUAUACAUGAGAACUCUGUCCUAGAGGACAUUUUGACAAAUAUUUAUAUUUACAUUGAAAAAAAUAUAAAAUUUUAUAACUUCCUUCCAUCCUUUGAAGAAAAAAUAAAAGAGAAAUUGCACAUGCAACAGAAGGAACUUACAAAUGAAAAAGAAAAAAUUAAAAAUACAGAAAACAAGCUCAUUGCAGAAGAAAUCAGCGAAAAUGAUGAAUUAAUAAGAGCCCAAAAAAAAAGACAAGAACUUCUACUCAAACAUCAGCAGCAAUAUUUUCAAAACCAAUCUAUCCCUUUGAGAUUCUACUUAAUUAAAAAUAUCCUCCCUAUCUUAACGGAUGCACUAAUACACAUAUGUCGUACAAAGCCAAAAAAUCCUUGUUUACACAUAGCACAAUAUUUGUUAGAAAACGCACACAAGUAUAAUGUUGACGAGGUUGGUUUGGAUAUGCUCGUCUCAGACAAAAACCAAAUGGAGACACAGCACGAGGACAGCGGAAGUAUGACAGCACCAUGGCAGGGGCAGAGCAGGGAGUAG